AUGGCCUCCAGAUCCGACACGGAGCUCCUCACGGAGCAUUUUGGCUACCCGCCCGUGAGCCUCCUCGACGAGAUCAUCAACUCGGUCAACUUCCUCGCCGAGCGCGCCCUGCACUCCAUCGAGCAGGGCCUGCUCAACGCGCCGCCCGCCUCGCUCGGGUUCCGCCCGAGGCAGAAGAGAUACCACCGCGCAGCAGCAUCGCGGUCACGGAAUGGGACCGGCGCAAACGGAGGCGGAGACGGGGAGGAGGGCAAUGAUGAUGGGGAUGAUGAGGAGGAGGAUGACCCGGCCCGCCGCCACCGCGAGGAGAUCGAGGCCGGCACGCACCAGCUCGAGACGCUGCUGUGGGCGAGCAUCGACAAGAACUUUGACCGGUUCGAGAUCUACGUCAUGCGAAACAUCCUGUGCCUGCGGGCCGGCGAGAUGGAGUGGAUGCGGCUGGGGCACUACGAGGGGCUGGACUUUGACCGGCUUCUUGAUGGUGCUGGUUCUUCUCUCGGGGAUCCGGCGGAGAUGGCGGCGGGGCCGCGGCAGGGGGUGGGUGGGGAAAUGGCGGUGGAGGACGGGCAGAAGCGGACGGACGCCGUGAUGGGGCUCGUCGAGGGCGUCAACAGGCUCCGCCGGAAGCUGCAGGCUAGCCAGCGGCUGCAGUGCAUGCUGGUGGCGGAGCGGGCGCGGAACGCGGCGCUGCUGGGCGAGAUGAGGAGGCUUCAACAACAACAUCAACAAGCGCCAGGCCAAGGGGAAGAAAGGGGAGGCGAAAAAGCCCCGCAGACCACCCCGCCGCUGCGCUUCCUGCACGACCAGGGCGAUCUCACCACCGGCGACGCCGAGACCCCGCUCACGACCACGACCGCCUUCACGCUGUCGCAGCUGCAAGCGCUGAGGGAGCUGUCCGCGGCGCUGAGGGGCGCGAUGCCCGGCCUAGCUUCACCACUGGGCGAAGGAGAAGCUACUGCUGCUGCUGCUUCUGACGACGACGCCGACGGCAGGGACGGGCAGAAGCAAAAUAAAAAGAAGAAGAGCUGGCGGCAAGAGCGACUCGAGUACGUCGAGACGGCAACGCGGAAGCACCUCGAGAACGUGCGCGGGCUGGAGCUGGGCAGGGACGGCGAGGUCCGCGACGGCGAGUGGGACGGCGGCGGGCGCGGCCUGGCCAGGGGCGAGGUGGAGAGCCUGGAGCGGGUGGUGAGCUUGCUUGGCGGGAGUAGGGACGAGCAGGACAGGAUGGACGAAUCAUGA